GAGUGGGCUGACAGCAAGGUGUGGGACGAGCUGCCGUCGAGGCCAGCAUGCUGCAGUGACGGUUUGUCCGGGGCUUUGUGCACCAGAUACAAGGAGAACCGCUUCUAAACAAAUAUCAAGCACUAUGGAAAGCGUCUCGACUGCACUCCCAGCACCCAGUGACGUGGCACCGACAGGUUCCUUCGAACAGGAUUCCCUGAACCAGCAGAGAUCUCCCCAUCUCCCCAUGAAGCCAAACCAAGUGGGCCAGGUCAUUCUGUACGGGGUGCCAAUCGUGUCCCUCAUCAUCGACAACCAGGAGAGGCUGUGCCUGGCUCAGAUCUCCAACACUCUGCUCAAAAACUACAGUUACAAUGAAAUCCACAACAGAAGGGUGGCUUUGGGGAUCACCUGUGUGCAAUGUACCCCGGUGCAGCUGGAGAUCCUGCGCAGGGCUGGGGCCAUGCCAAUCUCGUCGCGGAGAUGCGGCAUGAUCACCAAGAGAGAAGCCGAGAGACUUUGCAAGUCGUUUCUGGGCGAGAACAAGCCUCCGAAGCUGCCCGAUAACUUUGCUUUCGACGUUAGCCAUGAGUGUGCCUGGGGGAGCCGGGGCAGCUUCAUCCCGGGCCGUUACAACAGCUCAAGGGCGAAGUGCAUCAAAUGCACGUACUGCAGUAUGUACUUCUCUCCCAAUAAGUUCAUCUUCCACUCCCACCGCACGCCCGAAGCCAAGUACACCCAACCGGAUGCCGCCAACUUCAAUUCCUGGAGGCGACACCUCAGGCUGACCGAUAAGAAUCCUCCCCAAGACCUGACCUAUGCCUGGGAAGAUGUGAAGGCCAUGUUUAACGGGGGCAGUCGGAAACGAGCCUUGCCUGGACAUUGCGGCCCGCUCAGUUCCGUGAAGGCGGUGAACAGUGUGAUCAGCCACAUGAUAGGCCCGGAGCUCUCCCAGAAGAGGGCCAGGUUUGCUGAGGACGAGGAAGACGGGGGCAGCGCCCCCUCUCGGAAGAACCUCCGCAGUUACCCGGUCAUCCCGGUCCCCAGCAAAGGAUUUGGGAUGUUGCAGAAAUUCCCGGCGGCCUCCCUGUUUCCCAACCCUUACACCUUCCCUGCUUUCGGGCUGUGCCAGAAGAAGGACGACGCUGACUCUCUGGCUGGCGAGCCGAAGCAGCCCGGACUAUCGGGCCUCCUGUGGCCCGCCCGAAAGGACACUUUUUACCCGCCCUUGUGUAUGUUCUGGCCCCCCAGGGCGGCCAGUGGCAUCCCGGUGCCAACCUACCUACAGCCCCAACCCAGUACCAUCACAUCGGUGGGGGAGUCCCCGAAUUUAAGGCAGACUUUCCUGGAUGUGUCUGACCAAAGUGAAGCUGGUAGCCUGACCGUGGCCGCUCCCAGAGACAGCUUGUUUGACAGAGACAGCCUCGCCGGCCCGGGAGGCCAGGAGCACAGGCUAGCCGCUGAAGGCAGGCUCAAGCCCCUGGACGUGUCUGCUUUCACAGCCAGGAAGCAGAGCUACCUCUCGGCCUUCAAGCCCGUGGUGAAAGACAUCGAGAGCAUCGCCAAACUUCAUGGCAACGCUGAGGACUUUGGCUCAGAGAGGCAUCCCUCCCCGGGUACCAGCUGUAGUUACCACAGCGACAGCGUGGCGAGCGAGGAAGAGCAAGAGGUGGAUGUCGAGACCAACAAACUCUCAGCAGAUGCUCAGGAAGAGGGGAUCCCUCUGGAGCAGUUCACCCACAACAACAGCAGCAGCAAACUGCCACAGGACAGCGGAUUUGGAGGGACUGAAGACCCGGGACAUUUCUGUAGCUCCAAAAUGGAGCCAAGUGUCGACAAGAGAGAGAGCAAGGAAGAUCCAAUCAGUGAUAAGGGACCCACUCCCUGCGAUCCCGUAUCAUUGGAGCAGCCCAAUUACAAAGACGGUCUUAAAAAUGGAACCAAAAAGCAUUCACUGUACUCUAAAAAAGAUGAAGAUAGUUUUUCAAUUGAAACUAAACAGCAGGAUUGUUUCACGGAGGAAUCUGAUAGCUCGGGGUUGGGGUUCUGGCGGGAACCUGGGGGUGAGCAGACACAAGAAUCAACAUCACCACGCUCUAUCAAGACUGAUGUGGAAAAUAUGGAGAAAGAAGAACUUCAGAAAGUGUUAUUGGAACAGAUUGACCUGAGGCGGAGGUUAGAACAGGAAUUUCAGGCGUUAAAGGGUAACGCUUCUUUCACUGUUGUCAAUAACUUCCAGGACCAGAUGAAGCGGGAGCUGGCGUACAGAGAGGAGAUGGUGCAGCAAUUACAGAUGAUUCCAUAUGCAGCAAGCCUGAUGAGGAAAGAGAGACUCAGCACACAGAUGAACAAAAGCUAAACAGUUCAUGAACAGGACUGAAGCUUUGGAAGCAUAUGAUGAAGUGCACGUCAUUUGUAAGAUACAAGCACAGAGCAAAGCUCCACAUGCAAACCUCGAGCAUCAGAAGAAAGAUCAAGUGAAGGACUGAAGGACCAAGCACAAUGCAAAACCCUGGAAAUUCAAACUCAACAAAAGUUAAUACAUAAAUCAAUGAUUUCCUAAGAGACAUUAACAUGACUUCAAACUUUGUUAGUGGUAUAAAGAAUCACUAUUAACUGGCUUCUUAAGUAUGUGGUGCUUCCAUUUAGAUAUUUUUGAGGCAUAAGGAAGGCUGGUGAGCCCACUCUUAAGAAGAUUGGUGUGUCCGUUUUAAAGGUACUAGUGAUCUUACCUUAAGAAGACUUGAGAACAUUUUUUGGAUGAUUACUGAAACCAUUCCUAAGAAGAUUGGUGAGCCCACUUCAAGGGGGAUUAGUGUAUCCACUUUAAGGAGAUUAGUAAAUCUUAAUGUAACACUAUGGAUUAAUGAACAACAAUGUACGUGAAUGUGUGUGUACGCGCAUGCACAUGUGUGUGGACUUCAAGAAGACCAUCAGUUGUCUCAUUGAAUGAUUCUCUGGAAGAAAUACUACAAACUCAGUCCUUGAUUAGUGGACUGGAAUUGCAUUAAGCUCAAGAGGAGGGAAGACAGCAGACCGUGGACAGGAAAUUACACCACUACUCUAAUUCUUCUCUAACUUUUGCCUGCUUAAUUUAUUAAUGGUUAAAUAAGAGUAUCCUCUAUCACUUGAAAUAUUUUGGCUUUAAA